UUGAUUUUGUUAGUCUUCAUCCACGAACUGAGUUUACCCUCAUUAAUUAUACAUAACAACCCACAAAGUAAUUGAUUGAAAUUUUUGCCGAGAAUCAAAAAUCUCCGUCAACGACAUUUUGGUCAUUAAGAAUGGAACGUCCUAGAGAUCAGUCAUCAAGAUAAUUUUUGCUCACUAAGUUAGUUAAUUCGUGAUGGUCGUAUAGUGUUGGAACAAUUUUGGUUUACCCGAUCUGCAAGCGAAGUGUCGCCGAAUACAAUACAGUAACAUUCUCGAGUUCCCCGUCUGUUUUUCAGUCGAUACCAAUUCAAAAGUGAAUAAUAUAAAUAAGAAUUCUUCGUAUUAUUUUCUAUCCGAAGCUUAUUUCACAGUUUAUUGCAAUUAAUUUCUUAGAUCCCAUCCCCCUCCUCUAUAGGACUUUCAAUAUUGAUUCUGGAUUAAGGAUAUCAUCUGUUUCUGCUCUAUUUGGCUCUGUAUUAUUUUCAAAAGUUAAAAUUGUUUUGUUUACUUCACAUAACUUGCAUAACAAAUAUAAAACUGACACAAUGUCAUUACAUGUAAGCUAUCAAUUUUGUGUUAAACAAGGUUGUCGAUAACUUUAUCGUUAACGGCCUCAGUUGUUUUACAAACUACGCUCUUAAGCUAAAAAUUAACAUUAUCGCCUGGGAACUGUGAAGAUAAUUCGGUUUCACUAUCUGACCGUGAAGUUAGGCCGGCGGUAGGAUCAGCUGCUCGCUGUAAGGUAAUACUUAGGAUCAACCAGCUGGUCAUUGCGCAAAACAAUCGAAAAGAACAGCUGAGGUCGCUAACGAACCCACAACUUAGCUGCCGUUGAUGUUUAGUGGAAAUGAGCCACUAAAAUUCGAAACGGAAGCGAAAUUAGUACUCAAGACCUUGACUCGUGCUGCUCGUACAGAAAAAUUGAGUCCUCAGGUACUACGACGUGUCAGCGUUGGCGGUAGCAUCGACCUGCAUCAUGUUGAUGGUAGCCUACGCAGUUUUCCUCUUCCCUGCCUUGUUUUUAAUGGAACGGAUCGGCCUGAAGUGGACGGUCGUGAUAGCAGCCGCAUUGACGUGUCUCGGAGCUUGGAUUAAGGUCUUUUCGGCAGCCAAAGAUCGUUUUCCGUUGCUGCUUACAGGGCAAGCCAUGGUCGCGAUCAGCCAGGUUUUCAUUUCUCCUGUUCCGGGAAAACUGGCUGCAUUCUGGUUCGGGAAUGACCAACUCGCCCUCGCCACCGCCAUCGGCUGCUACGCAGUUCACGUCGGCUUGUCGAUCUGCUUCCUGACCGUUCCGAUUUUCGUCAGAAACCACGACGACGUCGAGAAAAUCGGGCACGAAUUGUCCGUCAUUUACUGGACAGUCGCGAUUGCAUGUUCAGUCGUAACGUUGGCCGUACUUUUUCUUUUUCAGGACGAACCUCCCGCGCCACCAAGCGAGUCGCGGGCGCUCCAAAAAUCCACGCACGAGCGUUUCGACACAGGAGUUUUAGUGUCCUUCAAAAAGUUACUGACAAAGAACAGGAACUUCAUCAUUCUUUGGAACGCCUAUGGUCUGAUUGUUGCCGUAUUUAACUCGACGGGGCCAGUUUUGAAUCCGUUGUUCUUAACUCACUUCAAGAACUGCGAAGUUGAUGUAGGAAUAAUGAGUCUUUUGCUGAGCUUUGUGGGUACCAUAGGUUCGUUAAUCAUCGCAUCAAUUCUCGACAAAACGAAGAAAUUCAGAGUCAUCGCCAUCACCGUGAGCAGUUCGUCCUUAUUUUGCGAAAUACUUUUCGCUACGACCUUGAAUAUGGAAAUUAAAUGGACGGUUUUUCUGUCAGCUUCGCUUUUCGGCAUUACUCUGCUCAGUUUCAGCGCGAUUGGAUUUGAAUUAUGCGCCGAAGCGACUUACCCCGAGUCUCAGGCACUAUCGACAGGAAUUUUGAGCACAGCGGGCCAAAUAUACGGAGCUUUCGUAACUCCUCUUAUCCUCAAGGUGAUAGACGUUUACGGCGACACGGCUGGACACGCGGUCAUUCUAGCAAUUCUCGGCCUAGGAACUCUGUUGACAAUAUCGAAUAAAAUCGAUCUGCGUAGGCAAAGAGCUGAAGAAUCCGCCAUGCGUUAUAAUGCGCUGAGCCAAGGAGUAUCAGACGAAAUAGUCAAAUGAUUUUGAUUCUAAUAGCCUGCGUCCACGAUUUGAGUUUACUUUCAUUAUUAUAUCGCUUCGAAAGAACGCUAGAAUAGAUUUAUUCAGACGCUUUAUCGACGCAAUUAUGCGCGAGUAAACGAUUACGCAAAGUAUCAAGACGUUACGAGCAGCGGGUCGCAGUUGACUGCCGAAAAAAGAUGAUUUUUCUUCGUGUUUCCUGCGACGUUUUGAACGUCAUUUCCAAAUUCUUUGAUUCGUUUCUUGCCCUAUUCCGUUGAGAGUGACGACCCAUUUCACGAUUUGAAUUUACUGACGUACAAUUUGAGAAAAAAUCAUAGCGUUGAAAUUUUGUCGUCAGCUCAACCAACCGAUCGUUGAGAUGCGAUUCUACGAUGCGCGUCAAGAAGCCAUUUGGCAUGUCACUUGUUUAAACAUUAUUUACGCUGGCAUGGCGGGAUAAUUCCGUGGCAGAAUGAAUAUGCCAGUGAUGAUUAUUCAAUUGGCGAACGUUGCCAAGUUUUGUUUACUUUAUAUAACUCGCGUAAGAAAUAUAAAACAGUGCAGACGUCACUGUAUGUAAGGCGUCAAUUGUGGCUUAAACCGUCUUACCGAUAACUUUAUAGAUCAGACAAAAUAUUCCCAAUUCUACACCUUAAGACAGUAUGAAAUUGCGUUAUUCUAUAAAUGCAAUACAGGUAAAGGCCAGAACUCCGUAUCAAAUCGAAUAACGUCUGGCUCUCACCUCCAUCUAUUUCUUUGCUGAUUUUCUAUUAAAUUUCUUAGGACAAA